AACUAAUGGAUGUAAAUGACUGACUGGGUAACUCUUAUGAUCUGUGACAGAAAAACACGGCCUGUGUUCAGUAAUUCAUGGAUGUCCUAGUUAUCUCUCAUUCUCUUUUCUCUCAUUUUAUACUUUAACCUAUUUUAGUAUAAAUUGUAAGCUUGCGAAUUUUUUUGAUCGUGUUGGUGGUUGCUAGGCAUUAGGAGCUGCUGAUAUUAUGCCGUUAGAAACAUAUUAUUUGCAACGUGAUGCCAAUAUAGUAUAGUAUACAGCAUUGACCUUUUAUGACUUUAAAAUAAUUUAAUCUUGCCUAUAACCAUUUUUGCAUGUGAAGUUUUAAACAUGGUACCAACAAGUAAAGACGUAACCGACUAGCAAUUACUGUCGACAAGGCCGGGAGACGCGCAGUUUUUUUCUAAACCAACUGGAACAACAACAGCUUACACUAGCAAGGCAAAUAAGUUAAAACGUCUCUCAAUUCAAUUCUGUAUGCAUUAAAGUUAUGCUAUUUAAAAAACCUCUUUUCACGAUGGGGUAAUAAUUUUAAAUUUAGAAAACCAUUUCAGUGCAGAAAGCCACUCGAUGUUCUUUUCAUUGUAAAAUUUUAGAAUGCUAGUAAGAAACAAUUUUUACUUUACUGCAGUCAUAGCUAGGCAUGUUGUGGAUCUUGCUAUGAUAUGAUAUGUCUGGUCAAUGUUACCAUCGGAUCCAUCUUCCAGUGGAAUAUCUCACACCAAUUUACCUGAUUGCUUUCUGGCGUCUUCAGUUUGAUUUCUGAUUACGUACGUUGCGUGUUGCCGGUGAUGGAAGGCGAGAAUGGCUGUUUUCGAUGAUUUUUGUUUUGCUGGUUUAUUGGAUGCUUUGCGACUGGGUAAGCCUACAUCUCUUAUAAAUAUGGGGCAUAUUUGACAGAAAAACGCGACUGGUGUUCAAUUCUAUCGGCUAUCAUGGAUGUCCUAGUUACCUCUCAUUCUCGAAUAUAUUUAACAUUUGAACCUAUUUCAGUAUAAAUUGCGGUAGCUUAUGAAUUGUUUUCAUCGCGUUAUGGAGGCCUGUGCUAGGCAUGAAGAGCUGCUGAUAUUAUAUGGAGGUAGAAACAUAUUUGCAGGUGAUAGACUGAAAUAGUAUAGUAGAACGACCGUUAUUUACCAGACAGAAUUCGCUGUGAUCAUUUUUCAAUAAUUUCUUAUUUCAGCACUUAUUACUUUAUUAGUGUCUAGAACUUAAUUGUAGUUUAUUUAGUAAUUAGUUAAUUAGUAUACAGAACCACGUGUGAGAAGAAAAGGCGGAACCGUUUUUAAAAAAUAAAUCGUCUGCUGUUGCAGUUCACUGCAAAUCACAUCUUGAAAGCGUCUUGCCCUUUGCUGAUGCUGUCGGUUUUUGACCUUUUAACUUUGAAAUAACAUAAUUUUGCCUACAAUUUUGCCUGUGAAGUUUUAACAUGGAACCAGUAACCAGUGAAGAAGUUACCGAGGUAACAAUUAAUGUCGACAAAGAAGACACCAUUAUUUCUAAACCAACUGGAACAAGAACUUACACUGGAAAGAUCACCAUUUCAGUUCAGAAAGCCACGCAAGUAAAAAAGGAGUUUGCCUCCUUCAGAAAUGAUCUGCUGGCUCAACUGGUUGGGGAAUUUAUCGAAGCCUGUUGGGGAUGUUGUUAUGGCUUGUUAUGUUUGGCAUUGCCAAUAUGCAUGAUCACCAUCGGAUCCAUCUUCCUUCAAGAAUGUCCAGUGGAACAUUACAUACCUAUUUACUUGAUAGUUGCUGGCGUCUUCAGUCUGAUUUCAGAUUAUGUGCGUUACGCGUUGGAAGGCGAGAAUGGCUGUUGCCAGUGUUUUUUGUUUUGCUGGUUUAUUGCAGGCUGUGUGUGGAUUUAUGGAGUGAAUGGACCAAGCUUCAGCCCUGAGGACAAAAACUAUUGUAAUCCUUUGCUGUACACGUUUGCUUACUGGAUCGUCACUUUACCUUUUCUGGAGUUGGUGUUCUUAGCUUUACUCUUUGUAGUUUAUUUGUGUGUUCAGGCUGUAGCCAACUUUCCUGUGUGACUGACAGUCUGUCUAGAUAUGCAAAUUGACUUGUUUUAUCACAUGAAAAUGAAAACAGUUUCAGAAAUUCAAAAACAAAGAAAUGUAUUGAUGGCUGGUCCAUGGUAUGCACAGUAAAUGUUAAAUUUCUUGAAUCAUUUCACUGUAAAAAAAUUUAAUAAAAUAUCAAAAUGUCUCC